CUUUGUCACUUCUGUCCAGCUGGCUAAACUUUCCGUCUUCCUUUCACAGGCUUUGCUUGGUUGUUUACAAAUUUCAUUCCCUCCUCCCUCCCUCUAAGCUCCUUCCCUCCCUCCUCUCUUCCUCUCUCCAGCCCUUCCACCCGCCCUCGCUUGGUUCUGGUUGAGGAGGUGAAAGAGGAGAGACAGAACAGGAUAGAGGGCCCGAACACUCGUCUGUUCAAGAUUUCAACGCUGCAUCUUCAAAUCCUGCAACAACUAUGCUGCGUCAGACUGCAGUCCACAUGAGAGGCCUCCUCGCCAGGCGCGCCUCUGCGGCCGUGACCAGCAGCUCCGUCAGGAUGGCGAGCCACGAGGUGUCAGAGACGGUGGACAUGUCCCGGCCCAUGUACUACGACCGCGUGGACGUUCCUCUGCCUGACAAACCCUACAAAGACCUGCUGACGGACGCUGACAAGACCCUGAAGCAGAAGGAGAAAGGACCAUGGAGCCAGCUCAGCAAAGAGGAGAAGAUUGCCUUGUACCGCCUGAUGUUCCACCAGACCUACCCUGAGAUGAAGCAGAAGACCUCAGAGUGGAAGACCGUCCUGGGCGGCAUCUUCUUCUUCCUGGGCUUCACCGGCCUGGUGGUUUGGUGGCAGAGAAUCUACGUUUAUCCCCCGCUUCCCAAGACGUUUGAGGGCGACUCUCAAGCCAUGCAGCUGAAGAGGAUGCUGGACAUGAGGGUCAAUCCUGUCCAGGGCUUCUCCGCCAAGUGGGAUUACGAGAAGGGCCAGUGGAAGUAAAAACACCAGUGGAACGGAAGAGGUUUCCCUCUUCCUCCCAGACGUCUGCCUCCUUCAUGACCACGGCUGUCGUAACAGAACCACGGAUCAAUAAAGUUUUAUCUGUC